AAACCCAGAAAUCCUAAUUCCGGCGACAAUAUUAGAAUCCCCACCCCAGCAAGCCCCCCGCUCUCUCUCUCUCUCUCCCUCGAUCGGAAGAGAUGGAAGUCAACGAGGAAGCCAUGGCCGCUCACAAGCGAGCCUUCUUGGAUUUCUUGGAUCAGGACGUGGGUAAGGGUUUCUACAUGAAAACCAUAAGGGACAUGGUCCAGAACAAGCGCCGCCGCCUCAUUGUCGGCAUCGAUGACCUUCGCAACUUCAGCCUCGACUUCGCCCGAAGGCUGAUUCGCAACCCUGGGGAAUACAUGCAGCCGAUCUCUGAUGCACUGACGGAGGUCACUCGAAAUGUGGACCCGAAGUACCUGAAGGAAGGGGAACGCGUGCUCGUUGGCUUCAGCGGGCCCUUCGGGUUCCACAAAGUCACUCCUAGGGAUCUUAUGUCCUCCUUCAUUGGCUCCAUGGUGUGCGUCGAAGGCAUUGUCACGAAAUGCUCUCUUGUAAGGCCGAAGGUCGUUAAAAGCGUUCACUUUUGCCCUGCAACAGGGCAGUUCGCAACUCGUGAAUAUAGGGACAUUACAUCCACAGUGGGCUUGCCCACAGGUUCUGUGUAUCCAACAAGGGAUGAAAAUGGAAACUUGCUGGUGACCGAGUAUGGACUGUGUGAAUACAAGGACCAUCAAACGCUAUCAAUGCAGGAAGUACCUGAAAAUUCUGCUCCAGGUCAACUACCAAGAACGGUUGAUGUCAUCAUAGAAGAUGACCUAGUUGAUUCUUGCAAGCCUGGUGAUCGUGUUGCAAUUGUGGGGAUAUAUAAGGCUCUGCCUGGUAAAAGCAAGGGAAGCUUGAACGGGGUAUUCAGGACUGUUCUUAUAGCCAACAAUAUUUCUCUUCUCAACAAAGAGGCAAAUGCUCCAAUAUAUUCUCUAGAAGACCUAAAGAGAAUGAAAGAAAUAGCUAAGAGAAAUGAUACAUUCGAUUUACUUGGAAAUUCACUUGCACCAUCCAUAUACGGCCAUCUGUGGAUUAAAAAAGCAGUUAUCUUGCUGAUGCUUGGUGGGGUGGAAAAGAACCUAAAGAAUGGAACCCAUUUGAGAGGUGAUAUAAACAUGAUGAUGGUUGGUGAUCCAUCGGUUGCCAAAUCCCAACUCUUGAGAGCUGUCAUGAAUAUUGCUCCAUUGGCUAUCUCAACCACUGGUCGGGGUUCCUCUGGUGUAGGGUUGACAGCUGCUGUUACUUCUGAUCAGGAGACUGGGGAACGAAGACUUGAAGCUGGUGCUAUGGUUCUUGCUGAUCGAGGUGUUGUUUGCAUUGAUGAGUUUGACAAGAUGAAUGAUCAAGAUCGUGUUUCCAUACAUGAAGUUAUGGAGCAACAGACAGUAACAAUUGCAAAGGCAGGAAUCCAUGCAUCACUAAAUGCUAGAUGUAGUGUAGUAGCUGCUGCAAAUCCUAUAUAUGGCACUUAUGAUCGCUCGUUGACUCCAACGAAGAAUAUUGGACUUCCAGAUUCCUUGCUUUCUCGUUUCGAUUUGCUUUUUAUUGUCCUGGAUCAAAUGGAUCCUGAAAUUGACCGUCAGAUUUCAGAGCAUGUCUCUCGCAUGCACAGAUAUUGUGCAGAUGAUGGAGGCAUGGGAACCCUUGCUAAGACAAGAUAUACUGAAGAAGAUGAUGGUGAUGUUAAUGCAUCUAUCUUUGUCAAAUAUGAUCGUAUGCUUCAUGGGCAACAAAGGAAACGGGGGAAAAAAUCAAAACAUGAGAAACUCACAAUCAAGUUCCUUAAGAAGUACAUCCAUUAUGCUAAGAAUAGGAUUCAGCCAAAGCUUGCAGAUGAGGCAUCUGAUCAUAUUGCAACUUCUUAUGCGGAACUUAGGGAUGCAAGUGCAAAUUCAAAGUCUGGAGGAGGUACACUACCAAUCACUGCGAGAACCUUAGAGACCAUAAUUCGUCUGUCAACAGCUCAUGCCAAACUGAAGUUGAGGAAUGAGGUUUUGAAGAGUGAUGUUGAAGCUGCUCUGCAAGUUCUUAAUUUUGCCAUAUAUCACAAAGAGUUGACUGACAUGGAAGAACGUGAACAAAGAGAAUUGGAGAUGAAACAGAAAGCUGACCAUGAUGCUGUCAACAAUGAUGGCAAUGUGGAUGGUGGAAGCACAAGAAUGGACCCGAUGGAUGUAGAUGUAGACCAUGCUUCAGCAAGUGAAGAUAUUUCUGCGGAAAGGAUAGAAACAUUUGAGUCCAUCCUGGGUCAGCAUGUGCUGGCCAAUCACUUGGAUCAAAUCUCUAUUGCUGAAGUUGAGGAAGUAGUUAACCGGGAAGCAGCUGCACCCUACACAAGACCCCAGAUAACAUCUAUCUUGGAGAGAAUGCAAGAUUCUAACAGAAUAAUGAUAAGGGAUGGAAUAGUUCGAAUUAUCUGAGGAGCAACAAAAUUCAUCACUAUCAGAAAGGGUGGAGUGAAGUGGGGCGCUUGACAUAAAAUCUAAUUAGUUAUUAUCCAUGUCUUAACUUUGUCAUUCUGAUAUAUGAUUAUUCUGUUUUCUCUCGGCGGUUCUUUGAGAAAAUUGGAUAAGCUUGGGUUUGCCAAGGUCCGAACCAUUUGUUUCUGAAACUUUUGUCAUGUUUGUAAUUUAUACUUGGAUCUUUAAGGUGCACAGCUUCAUU